UCGGGGGAAGAAGGUAGUUCGACUGCUGUGGGUAGUAAUCAACAGGGUGGGAGAGGUAGUGGCUGGUUUAAUACCAACCAGAGAGUUGUUGCUCUGGAACACACUGUUUCACUUAUGAAAGCAUGGUAUGACGCUGAGAUGGAAAAGUUAAACGCACAGAGAGCAGAAGCAGAACCAGAAAAACGUGAAAGGGAGGAAGAAGAGAAGACAGUGAAAGAUAAGAAAGACCGUGAAGAUUUCCAUGCUGAAUUGAAUGCUACCAUGAAUGCGAAGAUGGACCGUAUGUAUGAGGCGAUGGCAGGUAGGAAAUUGACUGAUUCUAACGAUGCGAUUACCGCUUUGAAGAAAGAGGUAGAGAACUUACGGCUUCGGGCGAGCGGUUCUGGUGCAGCCGUCAAUAACUGUGGAAAUACUUCCAUCAGUAAUGACGAAUUGAUUGCUCGUUUGUUACAAGAACACGAGCAGAUGAAGGUGAAAAUGGGGCAGGCGGCUGAUACGUCGCGACGAGUGCAGAUGAUGGAGGACGAAAUCAAAGCUCUACGAAGUAAGCAUGAUGAGGCAAUUGCCGAAGUCGAGACGUGGAAGAAGGAAGCAUUAAGACCUGGCAUAAAAAGGAGUUGCACUGCGAUGACGCCGGAUCCAAAACUGAGAAGUCAGCCGUUGACCACUCCCAUGAAGUCUGCGGUCAAGCCUGCCGGUGAUCCUGCCGAGUUGGUGCAGUUGCAUCGACUUGAAGUCAACUCCCUCAAGGAACUCCGGCUUCAGGAGUUGAAUCAAUGAUGUGAGGCCGAACAGCAGCUGGCGACGGCGAAGGAAGUCAUCGCACGUAUGGAGGCUGAAAAGAUUCAGCAAACUCCGCGCUCUAACUUACGUGAGAAGAUGGAAGAAGCGGGUGGUGUUUCUACCUUGAAGUCUGUGAGAGGAAGGAAGAAGUCUGCGCCUGGCCCUGCUGGUGCCAGGGACUGAUAAAGAAGGUUUUAUUAA